GCGUCCCUGGGAUCCGUUUCCAUCCGAUCCUACCGACGCUCGUGUGGUUCCCUCCCCGCGACAGGCCACCAUGGUGAAGCUGAUCGAGAGCAAGGAAGCUUUUCAGGAGGCCCUGGCGGCUGCGGGAGACAAGCUUGUAGUCGUGGACUUCUCGGCCACGUGGUGCGGACCGUGCAAAAUGAUCAAACCCUUCUUUCAUUCCCUCUCUGAAAAGUACUCCAGUGUCGUGUUCCUUGAAGUAGAUGUGGAUGACUGCCAGGAUGUUGCUGCAGACUGUGAAGUGAAAUGCAUGCCAACCUUCCAGUUUUACAAAAAGGGUCAAAAGGUGGGUGAAUUCUCGGGCGCUAACAAGGAAAAGCUUGAAGCCUCUAUUACUGAGUUUGCCUAAUCAUGCUCUGGAAAGCAUAACCAGCCACCAGCUGUUUAAAACCUGUAGCUUUUUUAAUUUUCAAAAAAAUAUGAAGUGUGGAGAACCUAUACCCAACUGCCAUCUGAUUAUAUAUAAAUGACAAUAAAAUAUUAAUUCUGCCCUUUUUAAAA